AUGUCUGAGACGGAAAAGAAUUCCGGAACACCUGAGGAUAAGCCAAAGCCAUGUUGUGUUUGUAAGCCAGAAAAGGAGGCCAGGGAUAACUGCCUUCUUUUUAACGGACAAGAGUCUGGCAAAUGUGACGAAUUGAUUGAAAAGUACAAGAAAUGUAUGGCAGGCUAUGGAUUCAAUACCAACUGA